UGUAAUUAUUCAUUACUAAAUAAUUACAAUUAGCUAUUAAACCCAAAACAAACACAUAAUUAAUGUAUUUAAAGAUUUUUUCGUACCAAACACACCAUAAUCUAAAUGUUUCUCCUACCAAACACACCAUAAUCUAAAUGUUCAACGAAUCAAAAAGAUGCUGUUUAAAAUUAUAUAUAAAAAAUUAUAUAAUUAUGUCUAAAACAUGUGUCAUCAUAUUUAAAAUUAGUUAAAUAUAUUAUAAAUGUAUUAAAUUAUAUUUAAAAUUAGGCUCUGCAUAAUCUCCGAGUAUUCCUCGAUUUUUCGGUAACUCGUUAGGUCCGGAGUUGCCGCCCGACUAGCGCCUAGCAUAGUUUCGAACAUGGGUUAUAGUAUAUAUACUUUCUUUCAUUUAAUAGAUUAUUUUUCCCCAAAAUCUUCUUAAACAUGAGACAAUACAUUUAUUUGUAAAGCACAUUAUUUAUUCCUAUAAGCUCCCACCUCUUUGAAAAGAUUCACUAACUUUGUUUUGGAUUUAAAUACACAAAAAUCUAGAGUAAUUAUGAUAUAUGCAUAGACGUAUGGUUUUAUCAAUAGUUAUCUAUAUUGUAAAAUUUUAAUAAUAUAAUAGAGAUAAUUAUUUGCUAGAUGUCAAUACUCUACUAAAUUUUUUUCAUUUUUAAAUUCAACCGCUAGUAGGUUGAGAAAACAAAAACAAACAAAAAAAUAUUUUAGAAAAAAAUAACUUAUAAAACGCGACCCUCCUUCAUGUUUACAAUGCAAAAUAUCAUUCACUCCACUCUGACCUCGCCACCAUGCAACACUCUCUCGGCUCCAAUCUUCUUCCGCCGGAAACAUCCUCACGUUUUCAUUUACGCCCACAAAUCAAGCAUGCAAAUAUUACUAAGUCCCAACUUCUCAUUAAUAACCCUUUCAAGAAAACAACAAAACCUCCAGACUUCCCUCCUCUUCUCACUUCACCGGCGACGUCACCUCCGUCUCCGGUUAAGCUCAAGCUGACCCAUCAUCACUUAAACCCUCUCCAGAAGCUAGCAGCUUCCAUGCUCGACAAAAUCGAGUCCUCCCUCGUUGUACCAAUGGAACAAAACCACCCGCUACCUAAACCGACCGAUCCAUCUAUUCAAUUAUCUGGAAAUUUCGCUCCCGUUAAUGAAUGUCCGGUUCAAAACGGUUUAGAAGUCAUCGGUAAUAUUCCUCCUUGUCUACAUGGAGUCUACAUCCGCAACGGCGCUAAUCCUAUGUUUCCGCCGUUAGGUGGACACCAUUUGUUUGACGGUGACGGAAUGAUUCACGCAGUUAGCAUCGGUUCUGAUAACCGGGUUAGUUACAGCUGCCGGUACACUAAAACAAACCGGCUUGUUCAGGAAGCCAAGCUUGGCCGGUCGGUUUUCCCUAAAUCCAUCGGCGAGCUUCACGGUCACUCGGGUUUGGCUCGACUCGCUUUAUUCGCCGCUCGAGCUGAGAUUGGUCUUGUGGACGCGACACGUGGCAUGGGUGUAGCUAACGCCGGCGUCGUUUACUUUAACGGAAGAUUAUUAGCCAUGUCAGAGGAUGAUCUCCCUUACCACGUGAAGAUCAACGGCCAUGGAGAUCUCGAGACGAUUGGACGGUUCCAAUUCGAUGAACAGAUCGAUUGUCCAGUAAUAGCGCAUCCUAAAGUGGACCCUACCACAGGAGAUCUUCACACGCUGAGUUACAAUGUUUUGAAGAAACCUCAUCUCAAAUAUCUUAAAUUCGACACGUGCGGGAAAAAGACACGUGACCAUGACAUCACACUCGAGCAACCCACGAUGAUUCACGAUUUUGCAAUAACCGAAAAUUUUGUCGUGAUCCCAGAUCAGCAAAUGGUAUUCAAAUUAUCCGAAAUGAUUCGGGGCGGGUCACCGGUUAUCUACGACAGAGAGAAGAUGUCUAGAUUCGGGGUUUUGUCAAACCAGGAUCCGACCGGGUCGAGUGUAAAUUGGGUCGAUGUACCCGACUGCUUCUGUUUCCAUCUAUGGAACGCGUGGGAAGAGAUAACCGAGGACGGCGACCCGGUUAUCGUCGUCAUUGGGUCGUGCAUGAACCCGCCCGAUACGAUUUUCAGCGAAUCUGGAGAACCGACUCGAAUUGAAUUAACUGAAAUACGGUUAAACCUGCGGACAAAAGAAACGAACCGGAAGGUCAUUGUAACCGGGAUGAAUUUAGAAGCGGGUCAAGUAAACCGGAAUUUCCUGGGCCGAAAAACCCGGUUCGUUUAUUUAGCGGUAGCGGAUCCUUGGCCGAGAUGCAGUGGCAUCGCAAAAGUUGAUUUAGAGAACGGAACCGUUAUCCAAUUCAAAUACGGACCGGACCGGUUCGGUGGCGAACCGUAUUUCGUACCGGAGGGAGAAGGAGAAGACGAAGGGUAUGUAAUGGGGUUUGUGAGGGACGAAGAGAGAGAUGAGUCGGAGUUUGUGGUGGUUGACGCAUCGGAGAUGAAGCAAGUCGCGGCGGUGCGGCUACCGGAGAGAGUACCGUACGGUUUCCACGGAACGUUCGUGAGCGAGAAUCAGUUGAAGGAACAAGUUUAAUUUCUGACGUAGGUGUAUUUUCAUAAUUGUGCAAACCCUCCUUUUAAUAGUUUGUGUUUAAUUGCUUUGUUAGUAUAUCAUUUGUGUAUAAGAAUUAAGAAGGGAAACGUCGUUGGCUUUGUUAACUUAAUUACUGUUUAUAGAAAGAUUCUCUAGUUAUUUAUAGAUGCUGAAUUAUCAAAAAAAGAAAGUUCAGUC